AUGAAUAACGCAGAGAAAGGUGUAUCAGAAAAGGGGAGUGAUCAUGAGCAGGCAAAGAACUACGAUCAUGCUGUUGGUGAUGCCGGCGAUGCUGCGGACCUGACGGCCCUUGGGUACAAGCCCGAACUCAAGCGUAACCGAUCAAUGUUUACACUUCUUUUCCAAUCAUUAGCAAUUGCUGCUAUCCCUUAUGGCUUCGGCGCACCGCUCAUCAACUCCGUCUACGGCGGUGGUCAACUAACCAUGUUUCUCGGCUGGAUCAUCGUCUGCAUUCUCGACGAGUGCAUCGCCAUCUCACUAGGCGAACUCGCUGCUCGAUGGCCUACAUCCGCUGGUCCCUACUACUGGUCUUUCCAGAUCGCAUCGCCAAAGUACAGAACUGUCCUGUCUUUCAUCACCGGCUGGACAUGGCUCGUUGGAAACUGGACCAUCACGUUAUCCGUCAACUUUGGCUUUGCUUCGCUUCUUGCCGGAGGCAUCAGCAUCUUCCUGCCAGAUUACGACUGGCAGCCGUGGAAGCUCGUGUUGAUCUUCUACGGACUUUGCGUGUUUACCUUCUUCAUUGUCGCGUUUGGCAACAAAUUCCUUCCUACCGUAGAUACCUUCUGUGCAGCUUUUACUGCUAUUACUAUCUUCGUCGUUUGUGUCUGUUUGUCGACCAAGGCCGAUAAGGGCAGACAUUCGGCAAGUUACACGCUCGGAAAUUUCGAUCCCAACUUAUCAGGCUGGGGAAAUUUUGGUUUCUGGAUCGGUGCUCUACCAUCAGCCUAUACGUUCUCCGCCAUCGGCAUGAUCACUUCCAUGGCUGAAGAAUGCGGCGACGUUACUGUCAAGCUCCCAAGAGCUCUCGCCCUUUGCGUCCCCGUCGGCGGCAUUGCAGGCUUGUUCUUCAUCAUCCCCAUCUGCGCAACCCUCCCCCCUCUCGAAGAACUCCUUGCCGCACCACUAGGCCAGGUCCUCCCCAUGAUCUUCUACCAAGUAAUGGGCUCCCAAGCCGGCGGAAUCGCCCUUACAGCACUGGUCCUCAUCAUCACACUGUUCUGCUCCAUCUCCAUCACUGUCGCCGCCUCACGAACAACAUGGGCCUUCGCUCGCGACGAAGCUAUUCCCCUCUCGAGAGUCUGGUCCAAAGUCAGCAAGCGACACGAAACACCCAUCAUGGCUCUCCUCCUAACGACUAUCAUCGAGAUGCUCCUGGGUCUCAUCUACCUCGGCUCGAGCUCUGCCUUCAACGCUUUCAUCGCCGUCGGUGUCAUUGGUCUCGCUAGCUCGUAUGGUAUUCCAAUUUUACUAUCCCUGCUCACCAAUCGAGCUGGAGUCAACACAGCGCCCUGGACUUUUGGCAAGCAGAUUGGUUGGGUCAUCAACAUCUUCGCUCUGGCUUGGAUUUGCUUUGAGAUGGUCUUGUUCUGUAUGCCUGUUGCUAUCCCUGUCAAUGCUGUCACGAUGAAUUACGCCGUCGUUGUGUUCUUUGGCUUUAUGGCGAUGUCGGCGGUUUGGUAUGUUGUGCAUGCUAGGCAUGUGUAUAAGGGACCACCAGAAUCCGAUGGUCUGCACAAGUAG